CAACAACAUAACGUAACAGAUAAUUAAUAAAGAAUAUAUACUAUCAAAUAUUUGGUACAUUGACCCGAUAUAUGCUAGCUUAGAUCUAUCCAUUCAUACACAAAAACCCAUGGUUUCAUUCUGAUACAAAUUUCAGCUAGCUCUUCUACAUACUAUACAGCUCAAGAACAAGGAAAUCUGGUGAUAAAUAAAAUGAAGUUUCUGGUGUUUACCUGGAUUUCCAUGAUACUGCUUCUCUCAAAUGUAUUCAGCAUAUAUGUGGUAUCAGGUCAGUGCAUUCUGGAUGAAAAGACUGUGCUUCUCCAGAUACGAAGGGAAAUCACUUGCAAUUCUUCUGCAUCCACCAAGCUGGUGCUAUGGGAUGAAAGAGUUGACUGCUGCCACUGGCCGGGUGUGAGUUGCAAUGAUGCUGAGAGUGGUGGACAUAUUAGCCGUCUUAACCUGAGUGACGACGAGUCAAUCAGCAAUGGCUUCAACUUGUCUCUCUUGCUCAAACUCCCAUCCCUUUCUGUCAUCAUGCUUGAUAACAUCAACUUCUCAGCUCCAUUUCCGGACUUCUUCCCAGAUUUCACCAACCUGACGGUUUUGAGCCUCGUACGUUGCAACUUCACUGGAAUAGUCCCUCACAAAAUAUUCCAGGUAGUAUACCUCGAUCCCUCCAAAACUUGAAAAAAUUUGAAGCAUUGGACUUGUCGGUCAACAAUCUAUCUGGAAAUAUCCCAGUGCAGCUUUUGAACAUUAAGUCCCUGUCCUUCUUAAACU